CUUGCUGCUGUAUUGCUUUUCUAUUUGAAUACUCUUAUACCAACGAAUAAAUGCGCUGGGAAAUAAUACCAACAUUUAAUAAUGUCUACAUGGGGAGACUAUAUUCUGAAGCUGCUAGAACGGGGAUACGUCACUGAUGCAGCUCUACACGACGUUAAGGAUGGGAAACGAUGGGCCACAAGUCCAGAAUUCCAGGUUCUGCCAGAAGAAGCUGUGGAAAUCGUAAAUGGUUUUCAAGAUGGGGGAGAAAGACUUCGACAGAAUGGGUUAUACAUUGCUCACACUAAAUACUCCGUUACCCAUUCUGACAGCAGAGUUAUAGUGGGACAAGAGGACUCCACUGGGACUGGAUGUGUCCUGUUUAAGUGUCAAACAUGUGUCAUUAUUGCUACUCACAGUAAGACAAUUGCUGCUGCUCAGUGCCAAAGCGUUGUGGAAAGAGUGGGAGAAUUCCUGAGAAAUAAGGGAUAUUGAUGCUACAGUAGAACACGUCAUAUAAGACAUCCUAGGAGAUUACAAAAGUUGGUAUUUGUAAGAAGGUGAUCUUUGUAUAGAGAUAAAUAGAUGAAUUUGAGGCAUCUGGAUACAAAAGAUACAUCUGAAGUAUUAUUUGUAGAUGGAUGUUAUAUAAGGUACACUUUAUAAAGUGUGUUAAUAUUGCUACGCACAGUAACACAAUUGCAGCUGAACAGUGCCAAAGCUUGGUGAAACUAGUGGGAUAAUUUCUGAGAAAUAAGGGAUAUUAAUGCAACAGAAGAGCCUGGGAAGUGGUCUUUUAUAUGUGACCUUUAUAUAAAGAAGUAAAUAGAUUAAUUUGGGAUAUAUGAAUAGAGAAGUGUGGUUUAUAUACGGUUCUUAUAUGAGGUACACUGUAUAACAUUUGAUUAUAGGUUUGUGUUAUGGAAUAAACGCAUGUGUACGUUUUAGAAAAUUAUGAUUGUACAAUGAAACAGAUACACGUGAAUGUUGUCAAGUCAUUUGGUUGAAAGUACCAUCGACGACGAGUGAGACAUACAUCUAUGAAGUCAUCGGCAUUGGGAUUGAUAUAGACAAGACUUCUUUUUUAUUGUGUUAUACUUUUUCAACCGAGUACGGCGAGUAGAGACUUCAUUUGUUUGGAAAUAAAGAUCAAACUGGA